AUGUGUAAUAUAGAUAACUAUCAUUUAUUAAAUAAAUUUAUUAUAUAUAAACAUUUUACAAACUCAACCAAUCGUACUGCAACACAAAACAACUCAAACGAACGACUCAAAAACUCGAAAUCGCCUUUAACACUGCCAAUUAUACUACUACCACUACUAGUAUUGCCAAUCAGCAAUCAACAACAGGCAAAUAACAGCCGACCGUCGUAUAACAACAGUACGACAACCGUAAUACAACAUGACCAGCAUUUAUUUAUACGUACAAAGAACAUCCACCUACAGUGCAAGAAGAUGUUCACAGUUUCGUGCGAGUUCAAGUGCCCCGAACUAGCCAAAUACAGAUACAAGUGUUUAAGGCACAAGGUGACGCGUUUGGAAGCAGUCUAUUUUAAUAGGAUCGGAGGUAUAAAGUUAAGGCUGAAGCGGAACAACGGGGGUCGUAGCAGCAACAGGGUAAUUCAGAUCCUGCUCUAUGAGGAAUCAAUACAGUACAGAAAAACCCAGACCGAUAUAUGCGUCUACUUUUACGGCUGCGAUCCUCGACCACUGAUUAUCUGCUUCUGCGGGUGCUGGUACCGCCCGAAAAGCAAGGACGCGUACUGCGAGCAGUGGGAAUGCGUGCCCGAGUUUCAGGGCAUGGGCAAGUGCGUUUGCCUACCCGGAUCCCGUGUAGGCACUACGUGCAAGACCCACGAGAAACUACUCUGCGAGCUAACAAAAGUGGUCGGUUUUUUGAACACCGUCGACCUGUUCCAGCACCCCAAAGGCACGGCAGGGGGGGAGGCCGGCCAAACCACGUGCCAACCCUGCGAACCAGGUGCAGCGGGCGCUACUGCCACCUGCCAGGCCCCUACCAGUGGCCAAACCGCCGGGAAGUGCACCUACACCGUACACAAGUUCGAUGGCAAGCCCAUCAGAGUUCAGGUCACCUGCCAGGACGUCCAGGGCACACAGCCGUCCGAAUCAACCGCGCAGACGUGCACCCAAACCCCUGGUUCUGGGUGCUACAGGAAGCUUACACACAAGCCGGCCGGGUUGGGAAACGGGUCUGGCGACGUUGGAGAUACUGCUAACGGGAACGGGUUCCGGCUGGGCGACGUCGUCUACCGCGGGAACGGGUGCACCCCCGAAAAAUGCUCCAUCAAGUACUAUGGGAACUGUUCAGACUCGGUGGGCAACGGGAACAUCAGCGACGACCAUAAGUGGUCACCCCUACUGCAGGUAACCGUGUACUACUACAACGAGGACAAGGGGCACUGCGAUCCCCUGCUCGUCGAACUGGAGUUUGCCAAGGUGGCGGCUAACGGGCUACAGAACGGCGCCAACGAUAACAAGGAGUACUACCGCCUAAAAACGCGCAACGGGUCUGGCGGAAAGUUGGAGUGGGCGAAGGUGGACAAUGGCUCUAAACUCGGUCUAGCGAAGCCGGGGUGCCUGACCCGGUACUUGGACGGUAUACGCUACUGCCUCAAAAAGGUGGUGCGCAUUCAGCUCCAGUGCAAGGGCACGAACGGGGGCCAGGGGUACGCGCUGGAGGGCCGUAACGCCAAAAACGGACAGGGCCAGUUCUCGAAGAUCAACGGCGUCUCCCAGAACGGGGAGGUCAAGGUCCAGGUCUGCGAGUGCCCCAAACUAACCGGAUACAAGUGCUACCAGCACAAGCUAGGGGACGCGUUGAACGGCAAACACCACCUCGUAGCGGGACUGGCGUUCACGCUCCCGGGCAAGAACGGCGGUGCGGGCGCAAACGGGGGUACAAACGGGGUGGUGGAGAUACCGGUCUGCGUCGUGGGCCAGGGUGAGGCCGAGUGCCCCCCCGGUGCUACUGAGGGCCUAUGUACAACCACCGCGCCCGCCGCUCCCGAACCCACCGCCAGUUGUUCAGCCGUAACAGGCGCGCCCACCACCGGCACACAAAUACCGCCUGUCCACUACAACCAGUGCAUGGGCGACGUGUACGUGUAUUUUUACGCCGGUGCAAGUGCGAGCGGUUCGGAGACGGGCACCACCACCGAUACGGUCCCGCUCAUGCUGCGAUAUAACGGGCAGUUUUACAGGCCGUGCGACCGCGACCAGUACUUUACGAAAUGGGUCCCUGUAACGGCGUUGUGCAAACUGGCAGGUGAGUGCAAGGGCGGGUGCGCGUGCUGUCCGGGCGUACGGGCAGCCGCCCCUGGCACUAGUUGUGGCACCCCUGUAGGGAGUGGAGACGGCGCCGACUGCCCCCCGGAGUGCCCGUGCUGCUCCAAACUCGCCAACGAACUGGACGGGGUGAACGAGGCGCUGAACCGGGUCGACCUGGACCCCGAGAAGGCCAGCAAGGCCGGUUCGGGCGGCAGUUCAGGCGCGGGCACCGGGUACGGGCUCCCCGAGAGCAACGGGGGCAACGGGGGCCAUAAACUGGCCGAAACGGUGGGCAACAACAGGGUGUGCCUGACCAAGCAGGAACCCACGGGCGCCGACGCCAAGAAAGCCUACGUGAAGGUCGUGCACAGGACGAAGAACGGGUUCCGGAUCGGCCAGCUGAUGUACUGCGGGAAGGAGAUCACGCAGGACGGGGUUAACCUGGGUUUUUUGAAGAACGGCCAGUGUGACGGGCCCGCCCUGAGCAACGGCCAGACCUGUUCCGCCAGCGCCCCCGCAUCGGCUGAACCGGGUAACGACACGAUCGAGGUCGCUAAAGGCACCGGUGGACGCAACGGCAACGGGAACCACAAGGGCCUGGCCAAAACGUGCGGGUGGAACACGGUGGUCGCCUAUUACUCGUGCUCCGACCAGUGCUACAGGUUGCCGCAGCUGAUCGUGCUGCUCAGGACGGACAACCCAGUGAACAGCGCGCCCGUUAAGUCCAGUAACGGCAAAAAAUACGGGUGGCGGUGGCGGUGGGUCGGGAAGUACGGGGUACGCGUACCAGUGGCGUCUGCUAAACCGCCCGAAACCCCCGUAAAACUGGACGACAAAACCGAUUUCUCGCUCCUGAACGCCGCCGUGAUAUUGACGGAAUGGACUAAAGACAAGAGCGGCGGGAAGUACUGCGACGAACAGAUCAAAAAGGCUGUCGAGAGCGCCAUCAAAUCACAAUCUGAGUUAAAAUCGCCCGGCCACUCUGGUGACGUUAACCGGCUCACCGGCAAAACGAUUACGGUGACCGAGGAACCAGGUGAGGGGGCCGGCGCCGGGACCCACCAGUGUCUUGACGGUACGGGGUUCAGGGUCAUGACCCACGAUCUGACCCCGUUUGUCAAGCUUAAUGGGCCUUUUAAGGACAAGCUUAACGGGGUGACCCUGAUAACGGGACUAAAGUUCGUGAUACCCGAUUCCGGCGAAACUGGCUCCUACAAGUCAGUCAAGCUGUGUCCCAACGGUGACGAUACCAGCUGCUCGAACGAGGAGCGCCACUACUACAUAAACGGCAACACCAAGAUACACGUGUUUUUUUACGGUUCAGAUCCGCGACCAUUGAUACUGUGCUGCAACGGUGUCACUUACAAACCCCAAAAGCGAUCCGAUCCAUUGGAUGUCAAACAGGUUUUUAUUUAUUACGAUAAGUGGUUUAAGGAUUCCAGUAUUGAUAAGUGCCGGUGCAAUGGGCCCGAUCCAGGAGCCACCGGCGGAAAAAACGCCCUCCUCCAGGCACUAGUCACGGUAGUCGGUUUUUUGAACCCCGUGCAGCUUAACCCGAGGCAGAUACCCAAAGAUGCGUGCCAGCAGAUGACCAAGGAGCCUCCCCAAAGCCCUCCUGGUAACAAUACUACCUACGAACUGCACGAGUUCACUUCCAGCAUUAAAAUCAAGAUGAAAAUCGAGCGAAAAACCGUAGAUUGCUAUGGACAAUACACCUACGAGCCGGCCGGGGUGAACGGCACCGGCACCGGAAACGGAUUCAGGCUGGGUGACGUAAUGUACACGAGUAUAACCCGUACCAACCAGCCUAACAAGCUGAACUAUUAUAAUAAUGGUAAGAAUAUCAGCACAGAGAACAAGUGGAACCCUUUGAUGAAAGUGGUUGUUUACUACUACAACCAGGACAGAGAUUACAGGGAGCCCCUGCUCGUCAUUUUGGAGUUUAAGAACGGGGUACCUAAGGGCAGCGAGAUCAAGGAGCACUACAAGCUGAAGGAACCUGGACAAGUUAAAGUCGAGUGGGAGAAGGAAACACGAGAGGCCGGAGAACUCUCCAGCCAAGAUACACUGAUACAGUAUUUGCAUAGGCUGAGGUACCAAUUCAAAAAGGUAGUCAAGUUGGAGGUGUGGCAUAACAAGGCCGAUUGCUACAAGCUGAAGGGCAGGGACGGAAAAAACGGCUACCUUGGGAGCGAUUUUCAAGCGCUAGACGACAAACAAAUAGAGGUCAAGGAGGAGCAGCCGUGCCCGCUCCCGAACGGAACAGGCUACAAGUGCUUUAAACACGACAUGACCAGUUUAGGAGCUGAAAUGCUUCAUCAAAUCGGCGGAGUCAGGUUUUACACGCGCUCUGCAUAUAAUACAUCGGAGGUCGAGCUGAAACUUCACAACGGGAAGCCCAUUUCAGGUCCAAUUUACGAGAUAUACUACAACAGCUGUAUGGGUGAUAUUUACGUCUACUUUUACGACAAGGACCCGCGACCACUGUUACUGUGCUACAACAGAGAAGCCUACCAUGCCAACAAUAUGGAUGACUAUGACAACCAAAAGUGGCACAAGGACGCGGCGGCUGGCAAGUGCGAUUGCCCAAAACCGCCGAACGGGAAUUCUGAAGCGCUCCUAAAGGCGCUGGUCCGGGUCAGUAACUUUCUUAACCCAGUGAAAAUUAAAUCAGUUUAUGAUGAUAGCAACACAUAUAGCAUACAUUGGUUUAACAUGCAACCGAUAAAGAUCACGGUAAAAACUCAAAAGGCCGAUGAAUCGUUCUGUUAUCUCCAGUACACGCACACGCACUACGGAAUUUACAGCGAUGGCUCCGGGUUCCGCCUUGGCGAUAUCCAGUACGAAGGGAAGUGUAUCACGGAAAACAGCAAUACAAAAACCCUCAAUGGAAACAAGUGCAUUUCAGCCUCCGAUGUCAACAACGACGACACUACACCCAAGACCUAUAAAAGCGCAUCCCAGGUCGUCGUGUUCUACUACAAACACGAUCACAAACUCUUUAGCCCCGUUCUGGUCGCCCUGUGCGAAAAAAGUGACACGAGCGUAACGUGUAAACAGUACUACGUUUUGAAGGACCGUGAUAAGAAAGUAUACGAGAAAGGGAAAAAAACGCUUGACCUGUCAAACAAGGAUAAACUGGGCGAAGAACUGGAUAGAGCACUGUUUAACAAUAGCAAGAAACUGCAAAUCGUGCUGAGCACAAGACCGGUGCCGACCGAGUACAAGCCGGACCCGGAUAGCGCGAAGGGAUAUAGCUCGGACCAAAAGGCCCUGGAAGAUGAGCUCAAGAAAAGACGCUCUGAAAAGGCCAAACUGCUCAAAGAGGUGGCCAAAGAAGCGGAUGAACUCGAAAAAACCUCUAAGACAACAGCCACCAACGCCCUUACAGCGGGCAAGCCCCUCGCCACUAGGGACUCGUUGAUGCACCAUGUGACCGGGUCGACCACCUACAAAGCACAGCUGUCGAACGGGGCGUCCGAACCCCCGUCCGGACCCACCACCACCCAGAUCCCAGUGGAGGAAGUGCACUGUCCGGGCCUGCAACCAGGGGGGUACCGCUGUUUCAAACAUGAGCUCGUCAGCGCCAAAGAGAUGGAAUACAAUGACACGUACCUGUACAUACUAUUACAUUCAACUGGUUGCUACAAGUUCUACUAUACUUAG